AUGACCUCCGUCUGCCCGACACCCAAUUCCCCGCCCGAAUUAUCCGGGUCCAAAUCUUCCAAAUCCUCCUCCUUUCGUUCCUCGCAGAUCGACGGAGCUGAUGGCAUCUUUACCGACAUCUCCAAUUUUGAAGAAAUCGGCCUGGAGGAUGAUGCGGAGCUCAAGAUUGCCGAUCCAUCCACCCCUUAUGCUCGCGGCUUGACCGGCCGGUCGCCCGCAGCUAGACUGCCCAUCAAGAGCCCAGCAGCUACGACACGCGAUUUGACCGCAGCACCGAAGCCGAGAAAACGAAGUCCUCUUCCCCCGAUUCACAGCCAAAUUAAUGGAGCCAUCCGCGCACCGCAUUCCGGGGCUUCCCUGUCGUCACGGUCUCCUAACAGGAGGGACAGGAGGGACUCGGCAAGCACUCCCAAUUCGGGCGGUUUAACCCCCUCUCAGCCCCGGAGAUCACGAUCAGUAUCUCCAUUACGACCUCCGCCCAGCCGAUCCGCCUCAUCUACUAGUCUCGCCCUUUCUCCGUUAUCUGCACGUGCCCCCAUCCAGAAGCAGACCUGGCAACCAAAUCGCAAGUCUGUGAAGGACCUCGAAGAGGAGUACCAUGAUUCCGAUGAUGAGCUUCCUGAUGAUGCCAGUCUGUGGAACAUUCCGAUUUCCCCACGCCCAGCCCAAGACCGCCCCAAGUCUCGCGGCACGAGUCCUAGUGGUCGUAGUCCCGGCCCAAGGCCAUUGCCGAUAUCCCAUAGCGUUUCUGACAUCCCCGCUGAAAUCCCAGCGUCAAAUGCCUCCAAAGCAGCUCGAAUGAGGCGAGCACAGCGAUCGAGCUCCGCCGGGCCUGAACGCGGCCAAUUAUCGCCUCGGAACCCUCGUGCGUAUUCGUACAACAGUUACAUGUCAGACCUGUCAGAGGAGGCCAGAAUUAUCACCGAAGCUUUGGAACAUCACGCCGACGAAAAUGGUCGUAAACGAGAGGAUGCAGUGCAGAACGGCGGACCGCGUGAACCAAGCACAGAGUCACCACGAGCUUCGCGAGAAAAUAUCGAGCUGCCUCCGUUGCAGAAAUCUAAUAUAAUGAUCGAUCCUUUACCAAUCAGCAAGGAGAAGGAGAAGGUUCUUUCGAGGACACGGCCAAGUUGGUUGCCACCGAAGGAUCAAAAGGAAGAGAAGAAGCACUUGAAGGAGUACCAGCAGAUGAUGGCCCAAUCAAAGGAAACCGACAAACGGAAGGCUGCGCGAGCUGCAUCCGCCCAGUGCGAGAAGGAUUCCACCCGAGAAGCCCUUCAAAACAUCUGGGAUGAAUUUGUUAGCCCCAACUGGGAUCAAGUGUUACGCGAGCCUCGUACCCGAGAACUUUGGUGGCGCGGAAUUCCGCCUCGCAACAGAGGAGCUAUCUGGAAGCGUGCUCUCGGCAAUGAGUUAUCUUUGACGGACGACUCGUUCACGAAAGCGCUGAAGCGAGCCAGGGAUUUGAGGUCUAAGACUGAACAGGAGCCGAGUGAAAGCAACAAGCGAAUGCUGGAAUGCUUUGAUGCCAUUGAGAAGGAUGUCUCACAGGCAUUCCCGGAUUUGAAUCUCUUCCAGGAGGGCGGGCCGUUACGUGAGACCCUUGUCGAUGUGUUACAGGCAUAUUCAAUGUACCGCAGCGAUGUGGGAUACAUUCAUGGCCUUCAUACUAUUGCCGCUCUACUUGUUCUUCAGUUCCCGACCCCAAGCUCUGCAUUUGUUGCCAUGGCCAAUGCUCUCAACCGUCCUCUUCCAGUCGCUUUCCUUACUUGGGACCGUGGUGCUAUGGCACGGACAUAUACCUUGGCCUCAGAAACUCUCCGUUAUAAGUUUCCUCGCCUUGCAACUCACCUUCAGGAGACACUCGGUUUGGCGGAGGAAGAGAUCUGGGAACCUAUUUUCCGCACCUUGCUCACCAACGGUCUCGAUCUCGAGCGUGUCUCGCGCGUUUGGGAUUGCUGGGUUUUCGAGGGCGACCGCAUUAUGAUUCGGUCGGCUGUCGCUAUCCUUGGCUGUCUUCAAGCCCAACUCUUCUCCUUCAACCAACCGGAUGAUCAGAGUCGUCUUACCGUGCGCAACAUCCUGGGCUGGGGACCCCGCCAUGUCGGUGCAAACAACCAGAAACCCAAAGAUCGCCACAGUGCGCCUGCGGCUGCCGGCUUUGGUGGUGGUCAAAUCUCGAAUCCCGGCGUCGCCGAUUAUUGGGUAUUGACUGCCGCUGGCGACGAGGAUGGAUUCAUCGCCGCAGUAAGGGAAGCCGGAAAAGUCCGGCAACAAUAG